GACUGGAUAUGCUCGACACUCUAACUAACCCGGUUUCACAGAUCGAUAGACGCGUGCAGGCCGAUCAGGUGGGACGUGUCCGCGCGCGUGUCUCCGAGGAGUGACGUGUGUUUAGCGGCUCGUCUGGUGACGUGUCGCUACCGCUCUGUCUUUUCUUACGGUGGGGCUGCAUGGAGCCACACUGACUCCACGGAGCGCUCAACCGGGACCAGUAACACGACAGGAGUCGGUCUAAGGACACCAUGGGGAUCAAGUUUUUGGAGGUCAUCAAGCCGUUCUGUGCGGUCUUGCCAGAAAUUCAGAAACCAGAAAGAAAGAUUCAAUUUAGAGAAAAAGUACUAUGGACCGCCAUCACGCUAUUCAUCUUUCUGGUGUGCUGCCAGAUUCCUCUUUUUGGAAUCAUGUCUUCAGAUUCAGCCGAUCCUUUCUACUGGAUGAGAGUUAUCCUGGCUUCCAACAGAGGUACUCUGAUGGAGCUGGGUAUCUCACCCAUUGUCACCUCGGGCCUUAUCAUGCAGCUGCUGGCUGGAGCCAAGAUCAUCGAGGUGGGAGACACUCCUAAGGACAGAGCCCUUUUCAAUGGAGCUCAGAAAUUGUUUGGAAUGAUCAUCACCAUUGGACAGGCCAUUGUAUAUGUUAUGACUGGCAUGUAUGGAGACCCUUCAGAGAUGGGUGCUGGUAUAUGCUUGCUCAUCAUCAUUCAGCUUUUUGUUGCAGGUCUGAUUGUCCUGCUGCUGGAUGAGCUGCUUCAGAAGGGCUAUGGCCUGGGCUCUGGUAUCUCACUCUUCAUUGCAACCAACAUCUGUGAGACAAUCGUCUGGAAGGCUUUCAGCCCCACCACUGUCAACACAGGCAGAGGUACUGAGUUUGAGGGAGCCAUCAUUGCUCUAUUUCAUCUUCUGGCCACCCGCACAGACAAGGUGCGCGCCCUGAGAGAGGCCUUUUACCGACAAAAUCUACCAAACCUCAUGAACCUCAUCGCCACCGUCUUUGUGUUUGCAGUGGUCAUAUACUUCCAGGGUUUCAGGGUGGACCUGCCCAUAAAGUCAGCACGCUAUCGCGGUCAAUACAACACCUACCCCAUCAAACUAUUCUACACCUCCAACAUUCCCAUCAUCCUGCAGUCCGCCCUGGUCUCCAAUCUCUACGUCAUUUCCCAGAUGCUCUCAACGCGUUUCAGUGGCAACUUUCUCGUCAACCUCCUGGGAACCUGGUCUGAUGCCACGAGUGGUGGACCAGCUCGGGCCUACCCAGUGGCCGGUCUCUGUUACUACCUUUCUCCUCCAGAGUCGUUUGGCUCUGUCCUGGACGACCCGGUUCACGCUGCUAUCUACAUUGUCUUCAUGCUCGGCUCCUGUGCCUUCUUCUCCAAAACCUGGAUUGAGGUCUCAGGAUCUUCUGCCAAAGAUGUGGCGAAGCAGCUGAAGGAGCAGCAGAUGGUAAUGAGAGGACACAGAGAAACAUCUAUGGUGCAUGAGCUUAACAGGUACAUCCCCACAGCUGCUGCCUUUGGUGGCCUCUGCAUAGGAGGGCUGUCUGUCAUGGCUGACUUUUUGGGUGCCAUUGGUUCGGGUACAGGAAUCCUCUUGGCUGUGACCAUCAUCUACCAGUACUUUGAAAUAUUUGUGAAGGAGCAGAGCGAAGUGGGCAGCAUGGGAGCACUGCUUUUCUAGAGAAAUGCCAACCUACUAUCACACAUAAGAAACAAAGCAUCAAUCCCCAGAUCAUCUUUUUUUAUUUUGCUACAUUUCUUCUUCUGCAAAUUGCACAAUUGGUGCAUUUUGCUACUGGGAUAGUAGCGAUCUCCACCACCCUUUUUCUCCUUUGUUACCUCUGCCAUCAAUGCUGAGAGAACCAUUUUGCUUACUACCAACGUUGAGCAAAAUGUUGUGAGUCUUCAGUCCUUCUACUCCAAAAGCUAUUACCCAUCUAUCUGCAGGCUGCCUCUGUACCCACCGACUGUCUUAUCCGCUGAAGAAUGCCUACAAGCACACAAGUGUGAGACUUGUUCGUUGCAGCAUGUUCAAGGAAGACUAAGACAGUGACACAAGUUGGUGCUUAUUUGAAGCUGAAAGAACUUCAUGGACCUAUUGGGGAAGAUGAAAUAAAACCAUGACAGGUUUAUCACAAGUAGCAAUCAUGCUUGAGGUGUCUGAGGCCCCAAAGUAAGAUGUGAGAAGUAUAAAUAUAAUAUGCUCAUGCUCCUACUAAGGGUUCUUAUAAUCUCAGACAAGCUGUCGGUGGUUUUUAUUUACCUUUU